AAGAUUCCUGGCCAUCCUUCUACCCAGCCCAGACAGCACCAACGACCAGUCAGUAAAAGUUAAUAUUUCUGACAACCGAAAACCUUGGGUUCUCUUUUCUUUACCCACUACCCACUACUCACUAUGGCAUUCUCGAGCAACCACUUUCGCUCACCUCGCAUGUGGUUCGCACUGGCAGCCGUGGCCUUCCUCUUGUUCGUUUCCGUCCCCUGGGGUCGUCCGACGGAGAUUACCAGAACAAGCUUUGGUAUGCCUAAAAGUUGGUAUGAAAAUAAGAUAGCUUGGCGCACCCGUGCAGCCAUUGAGCAAAACGCAUUUUGCCGCACCGCCGCGGUGACCCCGCUUCCCGACAAGACCGUUGAAAAGACCAUCGAUUUGGAUGGGGUAUCCUACAAGCUGACACUGUAUGACACGGGCAUGGAUGCCGUAUCGGCCAUCAUCAUUCGCACAGGCGUGUGGGAACACGCAGCAACAAGACAAGUGCUUUGGGCUCUGAAGCUUGCGAACGACGUGAGGGGACAAGAUCGAGCAACGUUCCUCGAUAUUGGAGGCAAUGUCGGGUGGUACACAGUCACGGCUGCUGCGCACGGGCAUCGCGUGGCAGUUUUUGAACCGAUGCCCCAGAAUGAGUACCUUAUCCGGCGAUCUCUCUGUGCUAACCGAGACUUGGCCCGUCAUGUUGACUAUUAUGCAAUGGGCCUUGGCGCACAACCCGACGAGUGUCGUAUCAUCUCGCAUAACGAAAACCAUGGAAAUGGCAUCCUUCAGUGCGGCGAGGACAGCAAGAAGCCAGUAGCCGACCAGCACGGCGUCCGCGCCGAUGUUUCCAUUCACACUCUUGAUGGGAUUGUACAGGACGACCGGCGUGCGGGCGAAUUUGGUGUCAUGAAAAUGGAUGUCGAAGGCUUUGAAAGCGAAGUGCUGAAGGGUGGCGAAAAAUCUCUUUUUGCAACCGAUAACAGACCGCCCAUGAUUAUGAUGGAGUACAUACCCUCACUUCAAGCUCGCCUUUUGGGUGAUGAUCCGACAGGGAUUCUAACGCUACUCGAUGGCUACGGUUAUGAAAUUCGGACGUCUUGGUUCACUCACGAAGCCAAGGCAAAAGAUUCUACGGAAACCGGCAAAGUGUACAACAGCUUCUUGGGGGAACCGGCAGUGCGGCCAUCGGAGUUUAAGGCAUGGUCCGACACCCAUCCCACGGUCGAUAUUUUCUUGGUUCAUCGGUCUUUUGUCAAGGAGGCAAAGACUUGGAUUAGUGCCCGUUAUUGAGUGUACCAUACUUUGUGAUUGUGUGAAGAUAUAAUGCUUGGGAAAAUAAAUAUCAUCUGUGUGUAACAACCUUAGCAGUC